ACGUUGCCCCUGUGUCUCCUACACGAUAAGUAUCGGCCGGGCCGAAGUAGGAACGACCGAAUUCCGGUUACUCUUUCCUCUCCUUCAUCGUCUUCCUUAGCCGGCGACUUGAGGAGUGCCCAUGUUUUCCUCCCUUCCCCGGCGACUUGAGGAGUGCCCAGAUCCGAUGAUGAAAACAAGUGCCCCGAUGGUUUGUGGGCAGGGACCGAAGACUGAUCGUUGUGUCAAAAAAACUAUGUCAACAUCGAAGGGUAUUCAGCUUCACCAUCUACCCAACGAUGUACUGCGUGGUAUAUUAUCGCGAUUGACAAUGAAAGAAGCCGUGCGGAUGAGCAUACUAUCCAAGAAGUGGAGCAGGCUUUGGAAAUGCUACCCAAAGCUAGUAUUCACUAGAGCCACGAUGCGCGGCAGUAACGCCGCCACGACAGGCCCUGCAAAACCCUUGCGGACAAGGUUCAUCAGGGGGAUCAACAGCAUCCAGCGACAGCUCAAGUCAUCUAACCUGAAUAAGUUUGUGGUCAAGUUUGCGCUUCGCAAAAGGCACACACCUCACAUCGAUAGAUGGAUCAAUUUCUGUGCCGCCUCGAGGGCGAAACAUGUUGUUCUUGAUUUAUGUCCAGGGCCGAAGGGCAGCAGCGACAAAGAUGACAAGUACAGUUUCCCGCUGCAUCUUCUCAGCGCCUCGGGUGGUUCUUGCGUGAAGUCUCUUAGUCUAGGGUUCGUGUAUUUAACACUGCCUCCUGAUCACUGUGGAUUUGCAAACCUUAAGAAGCUCUCUCUGCAAAUGGUUCAUGUCACAGGGGAUCUCCGGUGCCUACUCCCAAAUUGCGCUGUUCUUGAGUGGCUAAGCCUCAGCAAGUGUAGAAUGGAUGAGCUAAGCAUAGGCCAGGAACUGAGCAGGCUCCAUUAUUUGCAGGUGAAGUACUGUAUACUGCAGAAGUUGGAUAUCCGAGCUCCAAACCUUACCAUGUUUUUGUUCGCUGGUCGUACGAUACCUAUAUUGCUGGGUGAACCUGUGAAGAUUUUGGAGGCAACAGUCGAGUUGAUCACAUCCUCGGACUGCUUCAGUUAUGUCUUCACUGAUCUUGUCGAUGCUCUUUCGCAUGUUCAGUCCCUCUCCAUAAGCUUCCGAAUUGAAACCAAGGUGAUAAAUUUUGUGAAAAAUCAGACCAGACUCACCAAUCUGAGACGUCUGGUCCUGAAAAUCGAUAUUGUUGGGUCACCAGAAGUUACUGGUGGGAUUCUUCGUUUGGCCUAUCUUUUGGAGUUAGCCCCUGCUUUGGAAGAGUUAGUACUCCAUAUGUGUUGUUUUGACUCGGCAAUUGACGGUGAACCAAAUGAAGAUGCCUACCGGCCACAUCCUCACCAUCACCUCAAGACUAUCAAAAUGACAGGGUUCUAUGGUUUACUUGGUCAGGUUGAGCUAGCACUCUACCUCCUUCGGAGUGCAACUUCUCUUGAGCGUAUGAUCAUAGAUCCAGUGGUGAGGAAUAACUGGUUUACUCCAUCCAUGGGUGGAGCUAAGCCUAACAUAGACAGGGGCACGUCGAUUGCCCUCAAUAAACUUUCGAGGCAAGAGUUCAGUAAAGUCCUUGACAUUCUCUAUUAAGGGGAUAUGAAACUAUGUUGUAGGUAUAUUUUAUAUUAUAUUUUAAAGGUAUGAGAGACGGCAAUAGAAAAAGGGGCUCAGGAAAGUCGUCCUUACCCUCUGUCCAGAGAAAGAGGAAGUUGAAUCACAUGUAUCUUUAUUUAUGUUGUGUUUAUUAGACUAUCUGGUACUUAUAUAAGCACAAUAUGUUGGUAGACAGGAUUUCUGUCCAGAGAAAGAGAAAUAGGGUACUGAUUAUACAGGAUUUAACCACAAGAUGUAUUCGUUUGUCUUUGAGUUAGAGAUUUCUGAACAUAAGCAAUUCAUUCAUUUGCUGUUGUUGGUAGACAGGCAAGUUCAGAAAUUAAUAAAGAAGUCGUGCAACCUUUUGUUUUUGACCGUGGAGGUCAUGCAA